UAAUGCCUUUCAAUUAUGCACUACAUGUAGCUAAACAUCCAUAUGCAUACAGAUCUGUGUUUGAUUCUGCACAAAAUCUGUGCAGUCACUGGCACUGUGCUUGCAGCAGAAAUAUUGGAGGAAUACGCGCAAAUUCUAGCUGUUAGAUAUUUGUUUACAGAAAGGCAUGCAUAUUAAUAUACUCUUAUUAUUAUCGCUAGACACUGCAGAUAUGUAAAUAAGGUAUAAUAGUUGUCGAUAGACGAAUAUCAAAUAGGUCGAAGACCAAUGCAAGAAGACUGCUAGCUAGCUAGCUAACGGUAACGUUAGUUUGUAGCUAGCUUGCCAUUUUCAACAAGUGGCCAGCUAGUCAAGUUAGCCAUGCUAAUUGGACCCUGCAGGGUUGCACUGAGAGCUUGAGGUGACAGACUGCAUGGUUAGGGAAGCCCUGCAAGACUGCCAAGGAAACCCACUGAUCAAAGCAGGUGCAUAACUCAGUUAACCUCACACAUCCUAUUAUACCUGCAGACACAGUGGAUACAACUUCAUUACCUCUAAGCAGCCCGAUGAUUGUUUAAGGGGAGGCACCCGGCCCCGCAGUGGCCCAUGCGCCGUACCCACUUCCCUCCCUGCCUUCCCUCCCCUUCAAGCUGAUUCAGAGCCGACAGACACCCUCCCGGCACCACCUCCCCACACACCCCGUCCUUCAUCCUCAGGCCAUGGCUGCGGGCACGGAGACGGUGCACUACAUCCACCUGCACAACUCCAGCCAGUCUGUUCUGGAGGCUUUACGGACGCAGCGACGUGAAGGCCUCUUCUGCGACGUGACGGUGCGCAUACAUGACGCCUCGCUGCGUGCCCACGCCUGCGUGCUGGCCGCUGGCAGCCCCUUCUUCCAGGACAAGCUGCUGCUGGGCCACUCUGAGAUUUCGGUGCCGCCGCUGGUCCCCGCUGAGACGGUGAAGCAGCUGGUGGAUUUUAUGUACAGCGGCUCGCUAGUGGUGGUGCAGUCACAGGCCCUCUGCAUCCUCACCGCCGCCAGCAUCCUGCAGAUUAAGACGGUCAUCGACGAGUGCACCCAGAUCAUCUCCCAGAGGAAGGUUGCUGCUGCGGCAGCAGCCGCAGCAAGUGGAGGUGGCGGUGGAGGUGGAGGGGGGAUGACAGUUGGGGUCCUGCCCAAGCAGGAGGAGCGGGGAGGGGGUAAAGGUAGGGACAGCGGUGGUGUUUGUAUUGGUGGUGGUGGCGGAGUCAGCGGUGGUGGGGGUUACCAGAGCUUCUCGAACUUCGCCUUAGGGGACUGCGGAGCGAGCAACAUGGUCACAGGCCUGGGCGGAUCUAACUUGAGCGUUAAUGUUAGCGAGAGUGGCCCAGGAGGCGCCCUGGAGCAGGCUAACCCAGUGGGGCUGAUGGCUCUAGCUGACAUGGGCAGCCCCGGGGCCCUUUGUGGGGCUGACGGGCUGAGCUCAGGGGCCGGCGGAGUCCUCAUGAAGAACUCAAGUUGCACUCAGGAUAUGAGGUACAAGCUGAGAGACCUGCUAGCGGCAACCGCUAACGGCGCCAAUGCCGGAAGCUCAGGGAAUCUCUCGGUCGGCUGCAGCUCUGGUGUCAGCAGCGUGGACAGCAUUGGCCGGGACAGUAUCCGCAGCAAUGCGGCUGACCUCUCUGAAGAGCUUGUGGGGAUGGACAGAUACUGCGAGGCGGAGGAGAUGGAUGGACAUCACAGAGGGAGAGACUUGGACAGGGACAGAGGAGCAGGAGGACACAGCCGCAAGCAGAGGCAGCCACUCAGGCUUCAGGUUCUUGUAGGAGAGGAAGUGGUGGUGAAGAAUGAAGGAGUACAGGAGCCGGAUGGAGGGGUCUUCGGCUUGGAGGAGGGAAGACGAGUUGAAGGGCAGGAGGGCACACAGGAAUCCAUGGCAACCUUCGGCCAGGAGGGUGUAUUCUAUGAUGAGGCUGGCGUUUUCUCCCCCGAGGCUUUCUGGCCCCAGAACGAGCCGGCUCAGGCCAUGUCCUUCAACCCCAGAGGAAGAGGAAACAAGCUACUGUCUCCCCCUACCUCCUCACAGUCCAUCAACAACCAGCUACUUUUUCAGUAUCCAGUCAGCCAAUCACAGCCAUCAGCCUCAUUCUUUGUGGGUGGACCGAUGGUUAUUGACAGCAUGGCAGGAACAGAGCACAGCCAACAGGCUCCGCCCCCAACACCAAUGACCCCUGUUCUGUCAACCUGUGGCACGCCAGGCCCCUCACCUUCCUCCCAGGGAUCUGAGACGUCCUUCGACUGCACUCACUGUGGGAAAUCGUUACGUUCCAGGAAGAACUACAGCAAGCACAUGUUCAUACACUCCGGUCAAAAGCCUCAUCAGUGCAGCAUCUGCUGGCGCUCCUUCUCUCUGCGCGACUACCUCCUCAAGCACAUGGUGGUGCACACGGGCGUGCGCGCCUUCCAGUGCUCUGUGUGCGGCAAGCGCUUCACACAGAAGAGCUCACUCAACGUGCACAUGCGCACGCACCGGGCCGAGCGCACCUUCCAGUGUACCGUGUGCCACCGGGCAUUCACCCACCGCACCCUGCUGGAGCGCCAUGCCCUGCAACACACCCACCAUGGGGCCACCCAAGGGCAAGGACAGGGCCUCCAGCAGACCCCUAAACACAGCCCUCCAGCCCUGCCAGGGCCCUCGGGCAUGUGCGGCUCAGCUGGGAUGGGCGGCACCAUGGCCAACAUGCCCAGCCACGGGCCGCCCUCCUAGAAGGAGAGAGAGGGGGAGGAGGGCCCAAUCCCAAACUGAUCCGUCACCCCUAUCCUGGAGCCCUUUUCUGAUCUGAGAGGAUUGCUAGGUAUGAGCAACAUGGUGGAUGCUCCAUCUAGACCUAUUGGAGGCUGGAUGGGGUUUGUGCCAUAUUUCUUACACAUAUGAAGCCCUUGCAGAUAUGCAAGAGGGAGUUGCCAAUAAUGGAAAAAAGGGGAGAUAACUGGUUUGGAAUUGGGAAAGAAAAGGAGAGGAAAAGGGAGAGAGAGGCAGAAAGCUGUUGGAGACUAAUUGCAGGAGAUUGAGGGGAGGAAAUGUAGGAGGGCUAAGAAAGAGAGAGACAAAAGGGGGAGGGAGAGAAAGCAAAAUAGGAGAACAAGCUACGGCUAGAAAAAGAGUGCAGGGUGAUGAACCGAUGAAGAAAAGAGCGAAUUAAUCUAUGAGAGUUACCAUCAUACAUCAAGACGGCAUAGGAACACUAUUACAUGCAGGAGGCACUGGACGACCCAGGAUCAUAUACCUCGAAACAGGAGGAGACAGGAAAUUAAUUAAGGACACAACUUUUAUUUUGAAAUGUGACAAACGUUUUAGCAUGUUUUACACACCUCAAAGAAUACCUCGGCGGUCCAAAGACAGGCAUUAUGCUACACAUGUUUAAUAGCUACAUCAAACAGCAAAACAGUGGGAACUAAAGCUACCUGAAAUCCCUUCCUUUUAGAACCGUAAAAGAAAUGUCUUACAUAAUAUUCCUUUACAUUGUCGAUAUGAAUUUAUUUGUCGCUCAUUUGUGAUUUAUUGAUGACGAAAACAAUAAGGCAAUUCAUUUAAAAAAGUGAAAAAGGAUAUUUCAACUACAGUGGGGCAAAAAAGUAUUUAGUCAGUCACCAAUUGUGCAAGUUCUCCCACUUAAAAAGAUGAGAGAGGCCUGUAAUUUUCAUCAUAGGUACACUUCAACUAUGACAGACAAAAUGAGAAAGAAAAAUCCAGAAAAUCACAUUGUAGGAUUUUUUAUGAAUUUAUUUGCAAAUUAUGGUGGAAAAUAAGUAUUUGGUCAAUAACAAAAGUUUAUCUCAAUACUUUGUUAUAUACCCUUUGUUGGCAAUGACAGAGGUCAAACGUUUUCUGUAAGUCUUCACAAGGUUUUCACACAAGCCUCUCUCAUCUUUUUAAGUGGGAGAACUUGCACAAUUGGUGGCUGACUAAGUACUUUUUUGCCCCACUGUAUAAGUGACACUUUUUGGGAUAAAUUAGAAAAUUGGUACUUCUUUCAGGCUUUUUAAUCCAUGUGUAUGUGGGGUUAUUACAAUUGAAGUCGGAAGUUUACAUACACCUUAGCCAAAUACAUUUAAACUCAGUGUUUCACAAUUCCUGACAUUUAAGCCUUGUAGAAAUUCUGUCUUAGGUCAGUUAGGAUCACCACUUUAUUUUAAGAAUGUGAAAUGUCAGAAUAAUAGUAGAGAGAAUUAUUUAUUUCAGCUUUUAUUUCUUUCAUCACAUUCCCAGUGGGUCAGAAGUUUACAUACACUCAAUUAGUAUUUGGUAUCAUUGCCUUUAAAUUAUUUAACUUGGGUCAAACGUCUUAGGUAGCCUUCCACAAGCUUCCCACAAUAAGUUGGGUGAAAUUUGGCCCUUUCCUCUUGACAGAGCUGGUGUAACCGAGUCAGGUUUGUAGGCCUCCUUGCUUGCACACGCUUUUUCAGUUCUGCCCAAAAAUGUUCUAAAGGAUUGAGGUCAGGGCUUUGUGAUGGCCACUCCAAUACCUUGACUUUGUUGUUCUUAAAGCCAUUUUGCCCCAACUUUGGAAGUAUGCUUGGGGUCAUUGUCCAUUUGGAAGACCCAUUUGUGACCAAGCUUUAACUUCCUGACUGAUGUCUUGAGAUGUUGCUUCAAUAUAUCCACAUAAUUUUCCUCUCUCAUGAUGCCAUCUAUUUUGUGAAGUGCACCAGUCCCUCCUGCAGCAAAGCACCCCCACGACAUGAUGCUGCCACCCCCGUGCUUCACGGUUGGGAUAGUGUUCUUCGGCUUGCAAGCCUCCCUCUUUUUCCUCCAAACAUAACGAUGGUCACUAUGGCCAAACAGUUCUAAUUUUGUUUCAUCAGACCAGAGGACACUUCUCCAAAAAGUACGAUCUUUGUCCCCGUGUGCAGUUGCAAACCGUAGUUUGUCUUUUUUGUGGCGGUUUUGGAGCAGUUGCUUCUACCUUGCUGAGCGGCCUUUCAGGUUAUGUCGAUUUAGGACUCGUUUUACUGUGGAUAUAGAUACUUUUGUACCUGUUUCCUCCAGCAUCUUCACAAGGUCCUUUGCUGUUGUUCUGGGAUUGAUUUGCACUUUUCGCACCAAAUUCCGCUAAUCUCCAGGAGACAGAAUGCGUCUCCUUCCUGAGCGGUAUGACGGCUGCAUGGUCUCAUGGUGUUUAUACUUGCGUACUAUUGUUUGUACAGAUGAACGUUGUACCUUCAGGCAUUUGGAAAUUGCUCCCAAGGAUGAACCAGACUUGUGGAGGUCUCCAAUUUUUUUCUGAGGUCUUAGCUGAUUUCUUUUGAUUUUCCCAUGAUGUCAAGCAAAGAGGCACUGAGUUUGAAGGUAGGCCUUAAUACUUCCACAGGUACACCUCCAAUUGACUCAAAUUAUUUCAAUUAGACUAUCAGAAGCUUCUAAAGCUAUGACAUCAUUUUCUGGAAUUUUCCACGCUGUUUAAAAGCACAGUCAACUUAGUUUAUGUAAACUUCUGACCCACUGGAAUUGUGAUACAGUGAAUUAUAAGUGAAAUAAUCUGUCUUUAAACAACAAAUGGAAAAAUUAUUUGUGUCAUGCACAAAGUAGAUGUCCUAACCGACUUGCCAAAACUAUAGUCUGUUAACAAAAAUUUGUGGAGUGGUUGAAAAAGGAGUUUUAAUGACUCCAACCUAAGUGUAUGUAAACUUCCAACUUCAACUGUAUAUGUGCUUUUGGGGGCGCUUGCCAAUGAAUGGGAAGGUUUGUUGCUGAGAACUAUAACUUUUUUCUCCAACGGCUUCAUUUAAUACUUUUAAAUGUUUUUAUUGUAACUAAAUAAAUCAUGAGGAAAUACAAUCACCCAGAGUGUAUUUGAUUACCAUGGUAAUAUUUAUUACAAUUUGACAAUGAUUACUAUGCACAGUACAUUUUUGCACAUUGUGUAAUUUAAUUCUGCUUUAUAUGUUGUCCUACCCUAGAUAUUUGCCUUUAGAAAAAUAUAUUUGCCCUAAGAUUACUAAUGUAUAUCAUGGAGAACAUAUAAUGUUUUGUUUUUUGUUUCCAACUUCCCACCUUGAAGGUGAUUUUAGAUAUGCAGCAUUAGACCCCACUAGACAUAAAAGCCAACUGAGCCAGUGAGACCAGCAAAACCCCUUUUAAGAUCCCUCUGGUCCUCACUAUAAACUUUAACAUAAAAUGUCCCUUCACAAUGAAGAAACAUUCUGCUUGAUCAGGAUGAUCUCAUUGAGCUAAGCACUGUUCUGCUGAUUCACUAAUCUCUAUAAUGGGAAUCUGUUAAAGCCCUGUUAAUAGGAAGCUGACAUGAUUUAUAGAUCAGUUAAAUCUGUUCUGCAUAUAGUUCAGGCCAACCCUUGUGAACAAAAAGUGAUUAGGCUGUUCCAGAGAUUUUUGUAUCCUCAGCAACUCAAAUGUUUCUAGUACAUUUUGUCUGAGGUGGACCUGUGUACAGUACUGUAUUAUGUGUGCUUAAAGCCAUGUCAGAAGAAUGCAUCCCAUUGUAGUGAUGUACUGUGUUUUGCCUUUUUUAUUUAGCUUUCUUUGAGUGAAGGGGAUGAUAAAUGUUUUUUUUUUUUUUUUUUGCAAAUAUGAGUACAACUGCAAGUCAAAUAUGUCAUAAGAAAAUAAGUAAUUUUAUAAAGCACCAAUCAUGCUAUGUAUACCACGUUUUAUGUAUGGAAAAGCUAAAAGGCAUGAUAUUACUUUUUAUGAAAAAUUACAUGUACGUACUUCAAUGACUUUAUUGAAUUUUAAAACAUCAUUUUAAACAUUUCAAACAUUUCUUUCUCCAAAUAAAGUCUUAUGGCUACAAGCCAA